GAAGUUGGGGUGGUUAUAUAGGGGAACUUUUUUUAAAAAAUAUAACUGAAUUACUUUCAGCAAGAAUUUCAAGUAUUCUUGAUUUUAUGUGUAUGACAGAAAAGGAUUUGAAAGAGAUUAUGGAAAUAGCUCCCUUAGAAUACAAUAAACAUAAAUCAUAUGCCAAAACUUAUAGGAUUUAUGGAAGAAAAAUUUAG